UUAGAUCAUAUGUAAAUUGUGUAAAUCUAUAUUUUUGUCUUUAUUUUAGCAAAACAAAUACACGACACAUUCUAUAGCUGACCCACCUAUAUGCACAGAGGUAGAGUUGUACAUUGUUUAAAAUGUUUCCUUGCUUUGGUGCACAAAAGUAAGAAUAGAUAUAGGUUUCAUCACAGGCGGCCCAAUCUCGCAAGGGUCAGUAUAGACUUUAUAUAGUAUGAAUGUAUAUUAUAUUAAUGUAUAUUAUAGUAAAAAUAUGUCGUAAAAUAUAAAUUUUAAAAUGAAAUUGACUUGCCUAUUUGAUAGUGUGUGUUCUCCUUUUAUUCCUCCUUUGUUGGACUAAUAUUUUCCAAGACUUUGUACUCGAUGUUACUAGUAUACAUGAAACAUGAUAAUGUUUCAUGUAUACUAGUAACAUCGAGUACAAAGUCUUGGAAAAUAUUAGUCCAACAGAGGAGGAAUAAAAGGAGAACACACACUAUCAAGUAGGCAAGUCAAUUUCAUUUUAAAAUUUAUAUUUUACGACAUAUUUUUACUAUAAUAUACAUUAAUAUAAUAUACAUUCAUACUAUAUAAAGUCUAUACUGACCCUUGCGAGAUUGGGCCGCCUGUGGUUUCAUUGACCAGAUGGUGACGACUUCACAAAUGUCAACAUUUACAGGAACAACAAAAUUAACCCUUUAAGUGGCAAUGUGCCAAAAUGUGCCCCACUUUAUUAUUUUACUCUGUCUAAUGCCAGACAAUUUUACUCUUCAAAGGAAGAGCACUGGCACUCGAUGGGUUAAACCACAUCUCUCAAUUCUAUAUAUUUUCUCUCCAAAUACAAGACUACUCCAUAGAAUGAAAAGAAUGAACAUGAUUUUCUCACUCUGAUAACUGCAAGUUGACCACCAUCUUAGUGAAACCCAUGCAUUAGUCCAUUUAAAAACAAGUUAUUAUAACAAUUAUUAUGAAACAAUUAUUAUCUUUUAGUGUCAGAAAAAUGAGCUAUCGUUUUUUGAUCCAAAUUGCCCAGGAUGUUCAGAUAUACUAGCAGAGUGAGUCAACAUGUGCUAUCAUUUCUUAAAAAGAUAAAACUGUGAUCAAUCAUGAGACCAUUUUCAGUUAUGCAUAACGCCAUAAGUCAUAACAAAUGAUGCGCUUGUUCAGUGUCAAUUUUAUUGCUUUUGAUUGCCCAGUUAUCUGAAAAUCCGUUUAAACUUUAAAAAUUCAUCUAAAAUGCAUCAAAUGCAGUUGAAUAUUCGAGAAACUAAGACUAAGUAAACACUGACGCACUUCUAGCAAAACUAUACCAUACAUUUUCAGAACUGACCUUGUCCUUGCCUUUGGUUGUUUGGGCAUUGUCCAUUGACAUUGUAUUUCGUUCCUGGUAGUUUUUGACUUCAAAUCUUCGCUAUAAAGGUUCACCAAAGCCCCACCAAAAUACCAUAAUAUUUUACCAUAAUAUAGCGGACACUUUCUUUAGAGUUUUUGAAGCUUUAAAAGAGCCGCCAGUUGCUGUAAAAUAAUGUUGAAAUUUCACCACAUUUCAAAAGCGCUUUCUUCCUUGUGCGAAAAGCAGGCCGUGUGAUGAUUGCAUGUAUGGUUAAAUUUGCAUGAACAAUUUGAAAACUCCCGCGGGCAUUACGUUGCGCGUUUAUGAGAAUAUAGCUGACAUGAAACAGAUGACGAUUCGUAGAAAUUAAUGGGGUAUAUACGUUAGAAGAUAACAAUGUUCAUUUCUCUGUGGCAAGAAAUAAUUCGAAUGAAACGAGGAUGAGGUUAGCUGUUCUUAAUCAAACUUAUUAGGCCUGUCUUAUACCUUAUACGUCGAAUUUCGGUCGCGUCGAAUGCAUUUCAAACAAUAGAUAAUGAAGCUUAAUGAGGUUUAUCAUCUCAUCUAUUGUCUUAAUUGCAUUCGACACGACCAAAAUUCGACGUAUAAAACUGGCCUAACUAUAUUAGCAAUUCGAUCUCAAUUCCCAGGGGCCUAAUAUCUUUUAUGCUUAAGAUUUGCAAAGUGGUUUCUUACGAAAUUCCGAGGUUGCAUUUUUUUUAUACCCCCCUGUAGAUAGAGCUUGAAAUGUCCCCUGUAACAAUACGUGGCUGUCUGGCUUUAACUUGGAACGAACAAAAGUACUCACAUUUUGUAAACACUGUCCUUCCAAGUUACACCUAACUCAGUCUCAGAAUCAUAUUUUUCCAACCAUCGCUCUAAUCAUGCUAUUCUAUAAACACUUUCACAGCCCGGAAACUUCAAUUUCCGAGAUAUUUGCCAUUAUCAGACAAUGGGUGCCACAAGUACAGCAAAACCUGGAAACAUUUGUUACUGAGGUAUCAUCAUGGUUAUUUAUAACAUAUACACAUUGACAACCAUUGACAUUUUGACCAUUUCGACUUACCAUGCAAUACUAUUUUUCGUGCCAGAUAACAAAACGUGGUGCUGGUAUAAAUGACUGUGAUGGUCUGACCGACAUGACACUUCUACAUUACGCGUCCAAGUCAGGAGCUGGUAAGAUUAAGGCCCGUAUUCUAAAAGCUCACUCACACUCAAUGAGUGGAGGUUCAAUCUGAGCUUCUCUUGAGUGUUAAUGCUGUUUUUGAAUAGCUGGAGGGCGAGUGUAGUCACAUAGUAAGGUACGACAUUAACCCUCCAGCUAUUCAAAAACAGCAUUGACACUCAAGAGAAGCUCAGAUUGAACCUCCAAUAAUCGAGUGAGUGAGCUUUUAGAAUACGGGCGUAAGGUCCACUUCCACUCAAGAAAAAUUUCCAUGGACAGAAAAUCUUCCGAAAACAUCAUUGUUAAAAGUUGAAAUUUUCAACUUAAAUUUUUUUCAGACGUAAAAUUUGUGUCGGCCAAUCACAUUUUACAAAUUUUUCUUCCUGUGGAAAAUUUUGCUGAGUGGAAAUGGGCCUUUACAAAAUUAUUAAGAAUAGGUACGCAUUAGGUACAUUCGACAACUCAUUGCUUCAUUUUUAUUGGUUAGUUGGCGUAGGUGAUGUCGACACGGCUGCUGGUUUGGUCACUGAGCUCAUAUCCCAGGUAUUUCAUAGUUGUAGGCUUGUAGCAUUGGAUCCAACGUUAAAUACAGCUGAAACUCUUUUUAAGCAGACACCUCUUUUAAGGCUGGUAUACACUAUUAUACACUAUCAAAGCUUCUGUGAUCACAGUAGGAAUUUUGCAUAGGUAAAUUCUAAGUUUUGAAAGAUUUGUAAGAAAUGUUUGAGGAAACUGAAUCAGUGUUUUAAACAUUGAGUCAGUUCCCCCAAACAUUUCUUACAAAUGGUUCAAAACUUUACCUGUGCAAAAUUCCUACUGUGAUCACAGAAACUUUGGUAAAGUGUAAAGCAGGUUUUAAACAGACACAUCAGCAAGUCCACCUAUCAGAAGUACAACUGCAACUCAAUUUGUUUUUUUUUUGCAAAUACCGAAAUACGUACCCAAGAAAGGUUUACAGUAUAUUAAGAUUUCUUUGAGCGAAGUGUUUGAUAGCGGUUUGCAGUUGCAAAGACUUUUUCUAUCUUCUCAAUAACUUGUUCAAGCAAAGCAAGGUUCAGUUACGAUCUAUUUUUUUCAGGGAGCAGACGUGUCAUUGAGAUGUCGUUGGACAGAUAUGUUGCCUGUUCAUUAUGCUGCCUUCUUUAAUUCCGCGUCUGUCAUCAGAGUAUUGUUGAAAGCCAGCGGUAGUAAAGGUAUCAUUCAUUUGGUGAACUUUUCUUUCUGUGUUUUGGCUGUUUUAGUGAAUAGGCCCUUCCAAGGUUAAGGGCGCCAUCUUGAAUCUAUUGUUUUCACCAUUGGAUUUGCACCCCGUUAUUGUACAUACACAAACUGAAAUUGAGGGCCCCUUACAGCAGCUCCACAUGCAGUCUAGCCUAAGGUCUAGUUGGGUGACUGACUUGGGUCUAGCUUAAAAGUAAUGAUGUCAUAGGGCCCCCAGAGAAGAUUUGCCCCGGGCCCCGCGAAUUCUCUCGGCGGCCCUGGUUCAACUACAGUCCCUUUAGAAUCGUUUUUCUUUCGACAGAUAUCGAUGCUGCAUGUUCAGGAUUUGAUAACGGCACAAUACUUCAUAUAGCAGCGAGUAAUCUGUGUCUUGAUGCUGCAAAAUGUUUGGUGAGUACCGCACGCUUGCAAAUGAUGGUUUGGUUUAUGCAAAGGUGGGACCAGUGCAGAUUUUGCGGGCAGUACAUUCAUCACUAACUAUUAACUUUUUAUUUUAGCUACAACAUGGAGCAAAUGCCUUUGUAAAGGAUGACAAAAACAGAACGCCACUAAAUACUAUUCCCGAAGGUAUAUUUGAUAUUCGCCGAAAUAUUGAACCACAGGAAUGAUCCUUACUGGACCUCUGGGAAGAACGGUUUAGAACUAAUAGAGCUAUCCAGUAUAAAAAUUUAGUUUAGUUUAGGUUUCCUGCUGUGGUAACACUGGAUCAAUAAGAGAUGACUCUUACUGGACCUCUAGGAAGAAUAGUUUAGAACUGAUAGAGUUAUCCAGUAAAUAAAGUUAGUUUAGUUUAGGUUUCCUCCUGUAGUAACACUGGAUCAAUAAGAGAUUAUCCUUACUGGAAAUCUAGGGAGAACAGCGUUUUAGAGGAAACUGAUAACUAGCUAUCCCAUAUAAAUAAAGUUAAUUUCACCUUUGAUAAAUUAUGUCCCUCUCUGCAGCCAGUACUUUCGAGAGAGAUUCUCCAUCGGCUGUUAUUGCUAACAAGUUAAGAAGAUUACUAAGUGAGGCUGAGACAAGCGGAAGUGAAUCAGGAAUGGAUUCUGCUACAGUAAGCCAGUAUAUACAUUCACUUAAGACGGUACCUCUGAAGGAGGAACUUAAUAUUGCCCUUCAAGUCAUCUUGCGAUGAAAUCCUUGUUUACGUUUUAGGAUUCAUCUGUGAAUGUCUUGGAUAUUAUUGGUUUAAAAAUUGGAGACAAGGUUAUGGUCGGUGACAGUAAGGUUGGUUUAUAACUCACUCUGAUAAUUACAGGAAUACCACAAUCUACUGCAUGAUAGGGCUUAGUGAAACUCACCAAAGAGAAGGGAAAUCAAUCUGAACUUUAUACUAAAUGAAUCAUUUUCCAUUGCUGUUUCAGAUGGGGAUAUUGCGUUAUUGUGGAAGUACAGACUUCGCUAAAGGACAAUGGGCUGGCGUGGAACUACAAGGUCCAGUUGGCAAGAAUGAUGGAUCGGUCAGUGGGAAAACAUAUUUCCGAUGUAAACCUAAUCACGGUAUGAAUACUUUUUAUGCUGUUCUUGUUUUAUCGUGUAUACUACACACGUAAAAACGCACAAGUUGUUUCAAACCUGCAGUAGACUUGUAGCAAUGCUGUUCCAACAACUUGUCAACAGGAUGUGUUCGCACUGCUUGUUCCCAGCUUGUUGAACUUGUUAUCGUCCUGCAAUUCAACAAUUUGUCAACAAGUUGCGAGUGACGACCUUGUAGCAACUUGAUAAAAUAACAGCAUUGUUACAACUUGUUGACAAGCUUGCUACAAGCCUGUUGCGAACGCAUCUUAUUGAGAAGAUGCGAGAUAAUUACGUGUGUACCAUCUAACUAUGGUUAACUCAUAAAUAUUAAUUCUUUAGGGAUAUUUUGUCCCGUAUCAAAACUCUCAAAAUCGAAAACGCAAGCUCGUCAAAUUGCACGACCAAACUCCGCGAAACUUCACACGAACCUCGCGCGUGUUGUCCGCGCAAAGCAUACCGCUGGUGGCUCAUUACCAGGCUCUCGUUCUAGCUCACGGUCACCCUCACCUCAACCUCAAGGAAAAGAAGACAACGUCAAUAUUAAGGUUUGCACUGGGAGCUCUAUUCAUAACUGAAGUAAUCCUGGAAUGACGAAUUCUAAACUUUUCUUCCUAGAGGUCCAGUAAAGGCCAAUCUCUUGUUGUUUAGAAAGCUUCGGAUGGAUAGGGAUACAACUAUCUGAAAAAUACAAGGAGAACUUCGACGUUUCGAGCGAAGGCCCUUCGUCGUCAAAACGUUCUCCUACAAGUUCUCAUUGUAUUUUUAAGGUAGUUGUAUCCAGUAGCGUAGCCAGCACAACGAUUUAGUCCUGCUUUGCAAAUAUUUUCGUAUUCAUUGACUGUGAAAACUCGGAACUCGGAAAAGGCUUGACACUAGUUGUAAAAUAGAAAUCCAUUUCUGGUUUAAAAUUACUCAACGGUAUUAGAUUUCUAUCUCAAAUUUGUCCCAGACAUUCAUUUCUCUGUGCAAGACACAGACACAAAGUUUCAAACAGUUUCACAAAAGAAUCAGGGCGUGCCAAGUGAUUAAAGGUACGAAACUGGAUUUCUAUUCUGUUGCUAGUCCCAGUCCUUUUGCUCACCGUCAGAUCACCUGGCACUCGUUGUAUCCCUAUCAAUCCACAGCAUCUUGUUAUUGGCUAACACAGACCGUUCGAGAAUCUCUUGUUGUUCCAGUUUUUCUACACGAGGAAAUGUAGUGUUUGGUCAAGGUUAAUAAAGUCAAGCUGGAGGAAUUCCUCUUACAUGAGGCUGAAGGAAAAUUUAAAUCAAAUAAUUGCAUAUUCUGGAAAUCAAAGCCCAGUCACACUGACCCCGAGGUGAAAGACACCAUGCAUCAACCAGUGUCACACGAACAUUAAUCUUAUUUCAGGUUGGAGACAGACUCAUCGUGAUCAAUGAUGAGAAGCGAAAAGGCGUGGCUAGAUUCGUUGGUGAAACACAGUUCGCUUCCGGGUAGGCAGCCCUUAUAUCACCUUUGUACCAUGCCCUAAUGACAUCUGAAAACAGGCAAUGAUAUCUGCCAAUCAGCACUAACAUUUUAAUCGUGUUUUCCUUAUCUUUAGCAUUUGGAUCGGCGUGGACCUAGACGAACCAAGCGGUAAAAAUGAUGGCUCGGUGAACGGCGUUCGAUAUUUUGAAUGCAAACCCAACCACGGCCUCUUUUCACAUCCUUCGAAAUUUAUAAUGUAUGUGAUCCACUUCAAAGACUUGGCGAAAAAUAGAUUUAGGGCGACGUUCAGUAUGAAGUUAGUUUAGUUUAGAUCCUUACCGGAUCUCUGGGGAAAACAGUUUAGAUAUGAUAGAGCUAUUCAAUAUAAAUGCAGUUCAAUCAAUGUAUACUGUUUUGUUUUUACCUCUAUAGUGAGAAGAAUGAAAAUAUUUCAUCCUUGGUGGACUCAAAAGUCAUAAGCGCAUCAGAUGACACAAUCAACCAAAGCAGACUUGAAGCCCAAGGAGGAUCAAACCCAGAUAUCACUGACAAGAAACAUAACUUAAGUCCUCUGACUCGUCAACUGUCCAGUUCUGUCCCGGAUCUUAGCAAGAAACAAGAUAAAAAGUGAGUGUUUGAUUGAACAAUUUCUAUAAGUUUUGUUUAUAAGACAUUUUUUCAUAACAUCUCAGUAGUGUAUUCUACAAUAAGCUGUCGUGUUUGGUGUCUGAACUACCUGAAAAGAUAGCUCAAAUGUAGGUAGUAUUCGACAAUAAGCUGCCAUGGUUAGUGUGUGAACUACCUGGGCCCCCAACGCUUGGGAUAUUUCGGUAUUUUGUUCAGCAACAAAGACUCUUACCAGAAAGUUCUCCAUCAUUUAAUAAAUUUCCACUAUCCUUGCAGAGCGGAGUUGCGUAGAAGUGCUAUCCCAAGAUUUAAACGUCCAACUGCAAAGAAAAAUACUAAAGAAAACACAACAGAGAAAACACCAUCAAAGAAACCUACCACAGGCAUCAAACGAACUACAAAAUCCACUUGACAUACUCAUAUUUACUUUUGUAAUUAGCUAGGACAAUAGCUCGACAAUGCGGUGGUCAAGUGUGUAGGUAUAGUAAUGUACAGUGGACAUUUUGGUCUUAACUACUUGAAAAUACUUUAGACAUUUUUUAGAAAAAUUUCCGGCUAUUUCCAACCAAAACCACGAUAGUUCACUAUGUGUAGAUACAGAUAAGGAAAACGGGGCUCCACUACGAUAAACCAGGAAUUCUCUAUUUUUUCGAUUUACUUCAAUAUCUGUAGAUAUUAUUGAUAUUCGUAUAUUAUAUACAAUUUGCUUACAAUUAAUGUUCUAUCCUAUCACAUGAGGAUAUUAUUAAAGCUAUUUUCUCUUAAUUUAUAACUAUAUCUUCAAUAACAAAGGCUCUUAAUAUAUUCUUAACCAGAUGUCACGGUUAAUACUCGAUCUAGAAUAUUGCUAUCACUAAAAUUACACCGUUACUCCCCAUAUGUAAUUACCACAAUUAAAAAUGGUAUAUCUUUAAAGGUUUUUCAAUGACCUCGUCUACCUACAACCACCCCAUCUAUCGUACAAUCAACCAGCAAUCACCCCACAUGUCCUACAAUCACUUCAUAUAUCAACAUAUAUCCUACUUCUUCGCCGGAGUUCCCAACUUAGACCUCCUAAACCAAGGUUUACUCUCCUCGGCUGCAACAGCAGACAUAAAACUUGCCAAGCGAUGUUCUAAUUCCUGAACGUUACAUUCAGCCUCGACCAAUGAGAGCUUAGUUUGAGCUAACUCUAGUUCCAGUUCCUUCUUACGUUGGUCCGCGUCCUCGAUUUUCACACUCGGCUUGAAAGUGUUGCCCGGCAACGCUUCGCCAUCCCCCGUAAUCAGUCGCGAACAGGUCGUACAAGCACCGAUCCUUCUCUGAAAAUAA